AUGGGCAUCGAGCUUCUCAAAUCCGCCAAGAACUUGCCAAUGCUCCAAGAGGCUCACUCUCGCCUUGAAUCUCGUCUCGCCACCGAUGUCUUCCUGUCCAACAUUCUCAUCCAAAUGUAUGGGAAGCACGGGAGUGCCGAGAAUGCGCGCCUCGUCUUCGACCGCACCUAUCCCAAGGACAAGUUCUCCUGGAAUCUCAUGCUCGCAGCUUACACCCGAAAUGGGCUCCUCCGCGACGCCUCGGAUCUCUUCGAGAGGAUGCGAGACAAGGAUCUCGUCUCGUGGAACACGCUUCUCUCGGCAUAUGCCCAGAGAGGGCUUCUCGAGAAAACCAAGCGCGUGUUUGAUCUUAUGCCGGAACGAGAUCUCGUUUCGUGGACUGCUAUGCUUACGUGCUACACCUGGAAUGGUUUUCUCGAGGAAUCUAAGAGUAUCUUUGAUGCGAUGCCUGAAAGAGAUCUUGUCUCAUGGACUGCGAUGCUCUCAACAUAUGCCCAAGACGGGUAUUUGGAAUUUGCAGAGAAAGUCUUCAACGAGAUGCGGGAGCACGAUUUAGCAUCGCUUAAUGCAAUGCUGUGUGCCUACUCACACAGUCUUCAGAUCGAUCAAGCAAAGUCCGUGUUUGAUUCGAUGCCGGAGUGUGAUCUCGUUUCGUGGACUGCCAUGCUUACUGCAUAUGCCCAAAACGGGCUUCUCGAUCAGGCAAAGGAGGUGUUUGACAACAUGAUGGAGAAAAACUUGGUGUCGUGGAACGCAAUUCUAGCAGCGUAUUCGCAAAGAGGACAUAUGGAGGAGGCCAAACUGUUGCUGGAUCAGAUGCCGGAGCGGAACAUGAGCUCCUACAACGUGAUGCUUUACGGGUAUGCUCAGAAAGGACAUCUCGAGUUUACGAAACACCUCUUUGACACAAUGGUCGAUCGGGACUUAAUCUCCUGGACAGUCAUGAUCUCGGCAUACUCGCUCCAAGGCUACCUUGACGAAGCCAAGCAUCUCUUCUACGGCUGGAUGCAAGAGAGAGACUUGGUCGCGUGGAGUACAAUGCUCACGGCCUAUGUCGACAAUGGACACCACGAACAAGGAAAGAAGGUGUUUGAUGCAAUGCCCGAGAGAAACGUCGUGCUGUGGAACUCAAUGCUCGCGGCUUACUCCCACAAGGGAGAGUCGAGCUUGGCAAUGCUCUUGUUUGGAACCAUGAAGCUCCUCGCGAGACCAGACGAGGUCUCGUUUAUCUGCGUUUUCCUCGCGUGUAGCCAUGCCGGUGACGUUCAAUCCGGGUGGUCGAUCUUCGUGUCAAUGAGCAUGGACUUUGGGAUAAAGCCUGUGCGGCACCACUACAGUGGAAUGGUGGACUUGCUGUCAAGAUCCGGGAAGCUCGAGGAUGCCGAGGAACUCAUCUGGACAAUGCCGUUCGUUCCCGGUGGACUGGACUGGAGAUCCUUGCUGAGCGGGUGUAGGAGCUACAGAGACGACGAGAGAGCUGCCAAGGCGAGCAAGCAAGUGAUGCAAAUCGAGCCCGAGCACUCGGCGUCCUACAUCCUGUUGUCAAACAUGAGUGACUCAACACGCCACCAUGUUCCAAAGUCAUCCAAGUCACAGAGCUAUGAGUCCAGGACAAGACAGUCAGAGGAGAUUCCUUUUACGAGCAUUUCCUCGUUUUGUUUUGAAAGAGAUGCUGGUUCCUGCGGGAUUGUGGAGAAAAAGCGCAUGGUACAUCCACUUAGAACAGUGGUGGGAUUGCAACCUCGGGCGAGGAAGGCGGCGAGGAGGAUGGCUGUGGAGGCCAUCCGAGUAGAGGCCAUUAUCGAUUCUCCACAGUCCGGUUCGUCAACCAUGUCGGCUUUCUCAUCAACGUUCGAUCGAGGAUCACUCCGGACUACGUUGCUGGCGUCCUUGCCCCAAGAUCGAACUUCUUCACCACAAAAAACAGGGGAUACUACUUUGCCUUCCCACUUUUGUUGUGGGUGUUUGGCCCCGGUUCAGCUCUAG